GUCAGUCUAGAUGCAGUGAAAGAUUGUUUCACCAUCUAUCAAGAAACACAAAAUUCACACUCGCAGUGAUACGAGAAAGUAGUUUUUAUAUUGCAUCCAUCUGGUAAACAUUAAUCCACAUAUUAAUAAAAUUAACGGAGGAAAAAUUUUUCUGUGAACCCUGCUAAGUAUUAGCCAAAUAUGGUUGAAAGCUCUCGAAAUUCUUCGAUUCAAAAUGAGUCAACGGAAUUCACUAACCAUCAAAUGAAAUUAAACUUUUUGCGAAUGAAAUUGGAGAAGUUCCAGCAUCGAUUACUUGAAGAUGUACGUGAACGUACGACAGAUUUCGUUGAUGAAAUUGUGGGAGAAAUGGAUUUCUAUGAGUUCAAUAACAGAGAAUUUAAAAACUGGAACCUACAAUAUCAGAAUUAUGCCACUACACCACACAAACUCAUGCCAUCAUCAUCAUCUGAUAAAUCGAAAAAUCAAGCUAUUAGACCUGAUGCACCCACAAAAAAGACAGACAACACUGCUGCACAGGAAAGUUCAGCAAAAAGGUUACCGCAAAGAUUAAAGCAAAACUUUGCUGAUAAGCUCUUUGUUUCACGAGAGUCUUAUUUGACAGCUCUAUUCAAAGUGAAUCACAUCAAAACAAUUCUCCAUAUAUUCUAUGUUAUUUUAUUGGUUUUGUUUUUGAAUACGCUUUGUUACUCAUAUUUUGCAGAAGAAAAAAUAAAAAUUGGACUUGAGGCUUUUAAAUCGGGUUUUGAAAAGAUCGAAUAUGUUUUUGUGGUUUGGUGUUUCCAACAUGUCUUUGUCUUUACAGUGUAUUUCGCAUUUAAAAUAUGGGCACUAGUGCGCUCGAAAAUCUAUAAAAGUGAUCUUAUGCUGCGUUACUGGUCACUCAGUUGCCUUGCCAUCUACAUAAGCUCGCAGCUGUAUUUUGGUUAUCUAGCUUCUAUAUGGUGCCUAAAACUCGAUUUACCUUUCGUUAGUGCAGUUGUACUUCUACUAGAAAGCACACGACUACUUAUGAAGAUGCACUCAUAUGUACGUUUAAUUGCGGCGAAAGUAAUCACUGGAAAGUUGAAAGUAGAUGAUAGCGCUGAAGACACUAGCGAUAAUGGUUUGUUCCUAAUACCAAAGUUUGGGAGGUAUCUGUAUUUCCUUUUCGCACCCACAUUAAUCUAUCGAGAUAGUUAUCCACGUACUUCACAUAUACGUUGGAAAUUCGCACUGACACGUCUGAUGGAAGUUGUGGCUGUUGCUUUCAUUUGCAGCUAUUUACACGAAAGAUACAUACGGGCACAUUUCCUAAAUAUGUGUCUUGAGGAAGUGCAUGUUUCCACAGUAAUUGUCAAGAUAUUUGGUAUGUUUAUGCCAAGUAUUAUUAUAUUUUUAUGCGGUUUCUAUACUGUACUACAUUCUUGGCUGAACUUUACUGCCGAAAUAUUACGAUUUGGAGAUCGUCUAUUUUACAAAGACUGGUGGACUUCAUCAUCUUUCGACGCAUAUUACCGUAACUGGAACAUUGUGGUGCAUGAUUGGUUGUACGAGUUCAUUUACAAGGAUUUUUAUCAACAUGUUUUAAAAGGAUCCAAAGCUGCUGCUGCUUUUAUGGUCUUUCUCAUAUCUGCUGUUGUUCAUGAACAUAUUUUGUCUCUUGCAUUGCAAUCUUUCUUUCCGGUCUUAUUCUUCUUCUUCUUUGUAUUCAGUGUUCCUAUGUUCUACAUAACACGUAAUUUGCCCAAAACUUUUGGAAAUGUACUUUUAUGGGGUUUAUUGGUUGUAGGCAAUGGUAUUGUUAUUUCUCUAUAUAGCAUGGAAUAUUAUGCAAGCCAAAAUUUUCUAAGAUCCUAUGAAAGCUGGUUUGACUAUUUUAUACCAACUGUUUGGGUUUGCUAUAAUAAAUGAGAAUGGGUUUUAUAUAAACGGUAUAUUAGUGUUAAAUAUAUAUUAGUGGUUAAUAAUAUAAAUAAACACUCCAAAUUACAAUGUUCGUUUAAUAUUAAUAACAUUUCUCCUUUUUUACUGUAACCUUCUGGUCUAUUGUGCCCCUUCUGUGUUUAAAGUAAGUCUUUAAGCCCUUUUGCAACGAUAAAAAGUAGUAUAGAAGUUUUAUAAAGUUUUAUUGCCUCUACCGUAAAAGUACACAUUCUCAAAAGUCUAUUCCGUAUGUGCAUUAGCGCCGGGCAUCCUAACAGCACAUGUUAGGCUGACUCCUCAAUUAACAUAUCAAGUCAUUAAAAUUAAUUAAGUAAAAAAUUCGCAAUAAAUAAAAUAUAUA